UUCUGCUUUGUCGCGGAUGAGAGAAGAAGUGACGGUACUUUGUUUUGCUUGUUUCGGCUACGAGAGGACCAAUAGGCAAGAAUUUCAUCCAUAUUCUGUUCCUCUACCAACUGAUAGAGUGUGCCUUUGUGAAUGAACGAAGCAAACAGUGAGAAAGAGUGCGAGGCAAUGUCACUAAAACUAGUCGAAUCAGGUAAAAACAUCCAAAGUGUUAAGGCUCCGGAACGGUGGAUUUCACACAAACUCUCAGAAUGUUCCUGUUCAAGUGAUCAUGAGUGCUUUAGGGGAUUGUGAUUGUAACUAUUACAUUGAGCGGCAUUUAAGGACAUGUUAAUUCCCUGGAUCAUCUUGACUGCCUCACUGGGGGUCGUUCAAGAAAGUCAUGGUUUCAUCAAUCCACCCAAACAAGCAGAAUUUGUCGCCGGGAGCUUCAUUAUCACCCAAAAAUCCCUCAAUGAAGCUCCCUAUCGAUAUGCCGGAAUCUUGCGCAAGGCUUUGGACAAAGUGGAGCAAAAAGAUCCACCGUCUAAAUCAGAUGAAGAGAGCUGCAGUGUCAGAUACCGGAUCAAUCCCUCAGGUCGACCGUCAAAGCUCCGAAUCAUUGACGAAAGCCUUUCCAUAGUUCUUCGAGACAACAACACCGUGAUCGUGGCUGCUAAAAUCUUUGCCGAAGUGGCCGCCAAAACCUGGAUAUGGAAAGGCAUUUACCUCUUGUUUGGAUGUGUCAAACUUAGUAGUUGCAAUGGGCAAAUUGUCACAUAUAAAGCGGAUAUUGACUUUCAAAUCGGAUUUCAAGCUUUUUGGAUAGAGGAGAAGAAAAAACUGUCGUUCUUCAUAAAGCCCGUGAAUACCGCCAUCAACAAUGUGGAAGUGUCCGGAUGUCAUCCACCCUGGUAUCUCUCUUGGUUCAAGACAUGGCAAGAUUUGCUCAACGCAGGAGUUCAAGAAGGCUUUGAAGAUUUUGCUCGGACAUAUGAACAUCAAGCGGAAAUCCCAGAAGGAUUCUCACCCCUUGAUAACGUGUUCAUCCAUUACAAAGUGACCAAUCUGAUAUGGAACAAACAUUACGUGAUCUUUCAAGCUAAUGCUACCUUUUCAGCCUUGAUUGACGGAAAAAACCAGACGUUUAUUCCCACCAAUGAGAACAGAGCUUCUGUGCCAAUUGAUAAUUGGAAGACGAUCAGUCCCAAAGAUGGACAAUCCCAUUUACUCCAAGGAGUUCGGGUUUCCACGGAGUUCUUGAACUCACUCAUGUGGUAUGCCACAGUGACAAAUGUGACGAGAUACAGUGGCAAUGCUCAAGUGUUGGACUCGUUCAUCAAUGGGACUAUAUCUUAUUCACCUCCCGAAAUCCGAGUGGAAAAAGAUGAGUUGCUUGGCAUUAAGAUUCCUCAUGGUUUAGUUUUGGCAACAUGCCGACCUGUCACGACCAGUGACACCAAGACCCUUUUCAAGGCCGAAUUUUAUGAUCUGGCUGGAAGUGGCCGGGUGAAAUUGAAAACGAGUUUGUCCAACAAAACCGGACUCACGGUUAGCUUGAACGAGUUAGACUUGAGCAACAUGAACACUAAACCUUUUGAACCCAAAUUACCCCUGCCUGAAGCUUUUGAGGAAGAGCUCAUGCGGAGUGCAAUGGCCAAACUGCAACCGGUAGUGAACAUCUACCUCAAAUCGAAACCACUCUAUCUCCCAGACAAUAUUUCUCCUUUCGCUGAUGCACCAGAGAUGCAUCUGGUGACAACUGGAAAUGGGACAGGUUUUGCUGAGAUUUUGAGCUAUUGCACUUGCAGCAAGACUCUGGCGUCUGCUUACUCCAAUUGUGACUCAAGAUCUCACAUUUGUGAUGGCAAGAUCAUUGACAUCGACCUCACUCCGUUUGACAAACCAGAAGACGGCGACGACUCGAAAGUUAUCAACUCAAUCAAAGAUGGCAUCAAAGGGAUUUUUGGUGCCGCCAAGGAUGUCAUUAGCAGGCGUCUAAACCAAUCAGAGCCCAGGCAUAUUCCUAAGGUGACACAGGCACUGAAUUUCCCAGCAAUCUUCGAACAAAGUGUCCAGAAUAUCACCUAUUUUGGAUUCCAUUUGACGUUCUUUGAAGAUGACUUUAAUUGUAAGCUAAACAAAUUUGGAUCCCGCGCCAAGGUGUAUUGGCUUUGGCAAACGUCUCAAUGUACUCCAUUGUUCUUACAAGGGAAAAACUCCCUUCAGUACUACUACCUCAAUGCCACAACCCUGAAAUUUGGUUGUGGAGAUGAGUUUUGUCAGAGUUGCCAAUAUCCAAACUUGGCAGUGGAUCCCAUUCAGAAGGAGCAAUGCAAUGAGCUGAACGACCAAUCUUACCAAGUGGGUUCACCUGUGAUCACACGGUGGGAAAUGGACCAACCCGUCAAGGCUUUGGUGGCCAAUGUCUUUUUUGAUGAAGAAUUCUGCUCCAUCCAUCAAAGAUACGUUGAACCGCAACUGAUUUCCAGCCAUACCAAUUUGGGUCUCACUGAAUCCUUAGCUUGUGGCGAAGCUGAUUCUGGAGAUUACAUUAACGUUCAAUUAACCAAUGAGACGGUAAAACAUGCUGUUUGGGAGUGUAAUAACAAAUGUCAAGCAUGUCUCUUCCGGGUUGAAGACGUGAAAUUGGGUGAUUGCCAUACCUUUCAGCAUCACGUGCAAAUUAUGUUCACCCAAAGUGUUUACCGAGAAUUGGCUUUAAAAACAGCCACUCCAUUGAGCACAAAUAAUGCUGCUAUUUAUGUGGGAAUUGGCAGUUCUGUCUUAAUCGUGUUCCUUGGAAGCCUAAUUAUUAUGUUCAUAUGUAAAUGGAAUUCCAAGAAGACUAGUCGACCAUCAAGUAGUAUAAGUUUUAGCAAGGAGAAGACCAAAUGUUCAAUUGUCUUAAAGGACUUAUGGACCAAGCACAUUGGAGUACGAUUCCUUGCGUGGAAUAAGUUUGAAAUGAAGGCUAUUCAAGAGGAUGUCAUUCAAAAUAUGAUGUUGGUGAUUAAUGGCGUAAUGGCUGUUGUCUUUGCCAUCGAGUGGAACAGUGACAAUAACCCUUUGCUGACCUUGCACAACAAAUUCAGCGAUGGCGUGUCCAUUUCGGUCGACAUUUUCAACACGGACAAAGUGGCGGUCUUUGCUGAUUGGCUCAAUUUGUUAACUUAUUUCGUCAACAUCAUUAAUGCCGUGCUUGCCUUCCUGAUUGUGAUCACAUGGAGCUUCACCAAAACAGGCUCAAGGACCCUGUGGAUGAAGGUGAGAUUGCUCUCUUCAGUUUUGCUCUUGUCGAGUAUCUUUGUGGUGAUUGCCAGCGUGAUUUUCUCCACAUAUUUCGAUGACCUCGUGACAUUGGAAAAGAAUCAAGGCGUGUUUAUAACGGACAACCAAUCCAUGUACAAUAUGGCUUCGAAAGUGCUAAAGGUGUCGCUUAAUGGUUUGUCUUUGACAGUGAUAUCUUUCACCAUAGUAUUCCUAUUCCAUGGCGUUGGAGGUGGUCUUUAUUUCGGGACCAUUCUAUUUAGACUCUUGCAUUUACACUCAAAACGAUCCAAUAUGGAGAUUUUGACCACUCUCUUGGUAAUUCUAACUGUGAUCCAGCCUUUCAUUUGUCUUCAUCCCGUGAUCAUUUGGUCUCAAGACUCCAACCACAAUUCUAUAUUCCUCAUACUUAUCAUUCUCAUUUGGUUCUUGCCCGUGAUUGUUCACGCCAUAUCUAAAGCUGUGAUCACUCAUGGACGGCCCAAAUUCAUUUCCCGGAUCAAUUCUCAUAACCAUGACUCUUCCGCCGAAAACAAGACAAACUUGUCCCAAUCAAUGAGGCUCAAGGACCGAUCCAAGUUCGAACACCGUCAGAGAAAGCUCGGACUCAUAUUUGACUUUGCCGUUCAAGUGAUGCAGAUUUCGUUUUUCCUGGCGUCGUUCUCCAUUAUCACGCACUUUAUCAUUCAUACAGAAUUCAAUCAAAAUCGAAAGAAUCUACAAGAUUUUGUUCUUCCAGCAAUCAUCUCGGUGUUCUGUUGGAUGACCUCCAUAUCAUAUCUUUUAUUGUCUUUGGUGUUAGACGAAUCGCGAAAAGACUCAAGACUAGUCUUCAAGGACCAAAAUCUGGAGUCAGCCAGGAAUUUGCUGCGGAACUCGCUCAAGAGACGACUCCAGACUCUUGAUCACCCGAGUGGACCGUCCAAUCGUAGACUUCCUCCGUUGAAGCCAAUGCGAAAUCUUAGACGGACAUUACCGGCCAAUGUCAGUCUGUCUGAAUCACUUAAUGGGCGUGAUAUUCAUCCCGAGGAUUCGGCUUUGGUUAACGUCGCUAGCCGGGUAAAGGCCACCCCAGCUGAUGUCCGACAAAAAGUGAGGAAAUUUGAAGAGAUCGGCCUGAAACCGAUGGUAAAGAGGGCUGAAGUCUACGCCAAGGAUCCUGUUGAGGAAAUCAGUGAUCCAGAAGUUGAAGUCUCGGUGGAAGAUCCAAAUUCAUCCAGUUGUUGGUCUCGAACCAAGCGAUUGUACCAUUUUCUGGUUGAAACUCGUGAGUACAAAGAUCCUUUGAGUUAUGGUUGGAGGAUUAAGUUCCGGAGGAUUUUCCUCAGUUUGGGCGUACUGCUCUUCACCGCUCUGACUAUUUACACCGUCAUUUCCACCCAGGAUUUCUCAUCUAAAGCAGAGAUUCAAAAACUUCUGGAUUUUACCGGCACCAAUCUCACUUGGCCUGAUAGUGGAUCCGUUUUGGAUGAUGUGUUCCAUUUGUAUAACACCAUGGAGCGCACCAAGUCUUACAUGAUGUUAGGCUCGGUUGGUUUGUUUUGGGCCAGUUUAGUCUUCGAUUUUGCCAGUCAUUUUGCUGAAACCGACCGUCGCAAAUCCUUACUUUUCACCGGAAGCAGAAUCACCAACUUCUUCGGGAGCCUCAUGGUUUUUGCCAGUGUGAUAGUCGUGGGACUUCCAGAUUAUUUGGAGGCGAGUCACUUGGAUGAAAUAUGUCCACACUGCGGCGAGAACUUCAAUCAAACUGUGCGCCAAGUGGCCGAAUUCUCUAUCGGCUUAUUCUUUGCUUGUUUGUUCACAUUCCAAUUGAUUCCAAUCCUCAUUACUAUUAUCCCAGCCUUGGUUCGAGCCGCUGUCCUGAUUCUGAUCCAUCCCUCGUUGCAAAUUGAAGAUGAUGACAUAACCUCACUGAGAAUGACGAUCCUUCAACAAGUCAUUCAAUUUGCUAGUUUCCUCACCUUUCCGAUUACUUUCAUAUCAAUGGCUAUUCUUCAACAAUAUCAAAAGGAUACGUUCGUGACCAUGCUGAUCAUUUGCUUCUGGACGUUCCCUCCCUUUGUUUUGUUCCUAGGAUUACAUUACACACGCAAAUAUCGUCGUCACAAGAUUUUAAUCUACAUCUAUUAUACGUACAAUACGUGCUACUUUGUGAUUUUAACGGCCUUGGUCUUCUACUCCAUGACUUUUGAGACAAUUAUUGAAACCUUGGAAGGUAUGAUGCGGGAACCCACGUUUUGGAUCAGCUCCACAUCUCAAGUUUUCCUUUGUAACGUUGUUAUUUCAGAUAUGCUUUAUAUGACAGUAUUUUAAUGUUGAAAUAGAAAACCAUAUUUUUGUGCGGA